CGCCCCCUGACACAAUCGUACAUAAAAACUUGUUUUUCCUUUCUGCGACAUAAAAAUUGGCCAAAUUUUCGUGAAAAAUCACUGGAGUUUUCCAGAAAAUCAGUGUGAUAUUGGCGUGUAGAAGUGACUGAACACCUGAUGGAUCUCUUCAGGAAGUUUCUGGGACUGAACACGAGUCAGGAGGAUGGAAAUGACAAAGGGAAGAAGAAAGGCCAUCGGAAUAACUUCUUGAAGCCCACCUGGUACGAGGAGAACGAGACGGACGAUGAGCUGCAGGAUGAAUUGUUUGACGGGAAAUUCUUCGGUCCGCAAAUCUUUGCUAAUUCUGCUGACCUGGAGAAGCACUUCGAUCGUCACUUGCAGGAGCUUUUGAAGACCUUCGAUGACCAUGAGGCCGGGAAUAAACUGAAUGAGGAUAUGGGUAGGUUCCCAUCCAUCUGGGGCUCGUUGGAGUCAAAAGCAGUGGACGACAAGGAGUUUAAUCCUGCGAAAAUGAAGGAAAUCCUGAAGUCCGUCACUCCGCGGACACCAAAGAAGCGUCUCACGGACGAGGAGACAAUUAUGGCACGCAUUCAUGGCACUGAACCAAAGGAAGAAGAGUCCAGGAAGCCCACUCGCCCGAGAUAUGUGCCGAAAAUGACUCCAAUGCAUCCCAACUUUGAGUCCUCCGUGCCGAUUCCCGGUGCCAAAAUCUUCGGCCAGAGCAUCAUGACCGAGACGGUGAGGAAGCCCGACGGCUCUGUAGAGUCUCGACGCGUCGUCAGGGAUAUGGAUGGAAAUGUGAAGACUACAAUUUCACGAACUGUCGACGGAGAGACGAAGACCGUCACCACGUUCAGCGGAAAGGAGCAGGAGAGUGAGAAGCGGAGCGAAGAUUCGGUGCUGGACAGUAACUUCUUCCUGUCGCCCAGCGGAUAUACUCUGCCCAGAAAUUUGUGGUGACUGCGAGAUUCCAGGCGGAGCUCUGAACCUCUGGCUAGUAGAAUUGAGACUAGUUUCCCAAGUAGAUGACUUCCUCGCCACUCCUCCGGAUUGAGACGAACGGCUUGCGUGUGAUACAGUUGAAUUGAGAUGCUUUGUUAUGGAGAAUAAAGUCCCAAAUGACUCCUGAGAAACCUUAAAAUUACUGCUCUUCCUAAACAAGCUCUGAAUCUGUCUGUGUUGCGUUUCAUAGGGAAAUCAGUGGAAUAAUUAAAUUUUUGUUGGAAUUUCAGGAUUUUUCAUGCAAGUUCUGCAGAUUUUGUUCUGGGGAAGGACAAACUAACCAUUCCUUUCAUUAUGCAUAAUGUAAAUUUGACGAAAUUUUAAUUAUUCUACUGCUGCUCAGAAAU